CGACUCCUGAAUGGUGAAUGCUGGGAGAAUACUUGGCAAACCGGCGCUACGUAACUUACUAUUCAUACGUCACUCAGGUUAGGUAGUGCAUCAAGUGAAGAUGGCGACCGUCUACGAAAGAUACAAUUUGCACACCACGCCUGAGAAGCUCUUCAUCGAGGCGUGCGAUGAAGGGGCGGACGCGGUCCUGGCCAUCGACAGGCUGUCAAACGAGAUGACGUUUACAGUGAAGAAGGAAGUGCCGCCCUCCGCCGUCACCAGGCCUGUGUGUGGUGUCAUGGGAACCAUUCGUCUGGUAGCAGGGAUGUACCUCAUCGUCAUCACCAAGAAGAGGAACGUUGGCAGCCUCCUGGGACACGCCGUGUGGAAGAUGGUGGAGUUUGAAAUCAUCGCUUAUAAGAAGACGCUGCUGCAUCUCACUGAAGCUCAGUCUCAGGAGAACAAGACGCUGCUGUCCAUGGUGAGCAGCGUGCUGGCGACCGACGGCUUCUACUUCUGCACCGACUACGACCUGACCCACACCCUUCAGAGGCUGGCCAACACCAGCCCGGACUUCCAGGAGAUGAGCCUCCUGGAGAGGGCGGAUCAACGCUUCGUGUGGAACGGGAACCUGCUGAGAGAGCUGGCGGCCCAGCCCGAGCUCCACAAAUUCGCCCUCCCUGUUGUCCACGGCUUCGUCGUCAUGAAGCCAUGCCGCAUCAACGGCAAGAUCUUUGAGUGGGUCCUCAUCUCCAGGAGGAGCUGCUUCCGGGCCGGCGUCAGAUACUACAUCCGAGGGAUCGACUCUGAGGGACAUGCUGCAAACUGUGUGGAGACGGAGCAGAUUGUCCUCUAUGAAGGGGCACAGGCCUCUUUUGUCCAGACACGCGGGUCCAUGCCCUUCUUCUGGUCCCAGAGGCCCAACCUCAAGUACAAGCCCAAGCCCCUGAUCAGCAAGACUGCAAACCACAUGGACGGCUUCAAGAGGCACUUUGACUCUCAGUUCCUGAUCUACGGGAAGCAGACCAUUUUAAACCAGGUGAACCAGAAGGGUUCAGAGAAACCUCUGGAGCAGGCCUUCGCCAAGAUGGUGUCCGGGGCGGAUAAGGAGAUGAUCCACUACAUAGCCUUCGACUUCCACAAGGAGUGCAGCCGCAUGAGGUGGCACCGGCUCCAGCUACUGGUGGACGCCGUGGCAGAGAAGCAGGAGGAAUAUGGGUAUUUCAUGGUGAACGCCGAGGGGAAGACGCUGGCCCAACAGACCGGAACAUUCCGCAGCAACUGCAUGGACUGCCUGGACCGGACCAACGUCAUCCAGAGCCUGCUGGCCCGCUGCUCGCUGCAGUCCCAGCUCCAGAGACUGGGUGUGCUGAACGUGGGCCAGAAGGUGGAAGAGCAGGCUCAGUUUGAACGAAUCUACAAGAAUGCAUGGGCUGACAAUGCCGACGCAUGCGCUGUGCAGUAUGCAGGAACUGGAGCCCUGAAAACAGACUUCACAAGGACUGGGAAGAGGACUCAGAUGGGUCUGCUCAUGGAUGGCGUGAACUCCAUGGUUCGCUACUACAAGAACAACCUCUCUGACGGCUUCAGACAGGACUCCAUCGACCUGUUCCUGGGUAACUUUGCGGUGGACGAGAGCGGCGGGCCCACGCCCCUCCGUGUCCAGAAGGACUGGAAGUUCCUCACACUGCCCAUCAUCAUGUUGGUGGCCUUCUCAAUGUGCAUCGCCUCUCUGCUGCUGGCCGGAGACACCUGGAGCGACACCCUGGCAUACGCUGCCAUCUGGGGCGGGGCCGGCCUGCUCACAGCCGCAGUCAUCAUGUUCUAUGGGACAGAUUUCGUGGAUGCCCCCAAGCUGGUCCACAAGGAGAAGAUGGACUGAGUGUCUGAGCGUGUGAAUGUGUGAGUGUGUGGGCAAAAGGAAAAGAUAAUUUCCUGGUCUUCCUUCUCGGGUUAUAGCUCCCUCCCAGUUUGCUUUAGGCUGCACCGCCUGCUGCUCUAGUACAGAGGUCCCCAUAGAUAUAUUGGUUCUUAUAUUUCUGGCUCUCUCUGCAAUGAUUCCCUGCUGCACACGGACUGCUUCAUAUGGUUUACAUGGGUUCUUGUUUCCAUAUCUAAGGCCAGUGAGAGUAAUGAGGGCUUGGUUGUAGUAUUGGAAGUAAGUUGGCAUCUCCCUUGCAGAUCCCUUACUUUUAAAAGCACUUGAGUAAAUUGUCCAACUGGAACAAUAAAAUGUUCCAAAAAAAAAAUUGAUUAGCUAUGUGGGAAGAAUCAUGUUGCAGCUUGCACAGAGGUUUCUUGAAGUAUUUAUCAGGUAUAUAGGCCUUUUUCCUCCAAAUAAAUUCCUGGGUGAUGUUAUUUAUUAAUUCUAACAAUGGUUCAAAGAAAAUUAUGUCUGGUUUAUUAUUCCUGAUCUUUGCUAAUCCAAUCUGUCUAAAAUUAAUCAAACCUACAUACUUAAUGCGUCUUCCUAUCAACUUAAUUGCAGAGUAUGUAUGCUGAUUCUAUUUUAGUAUUGGUUCUUUGUUAUUUUUGCACUUUUGGAACGAUCAAAUGACAUGACUGCUCAUU